UGGACUGAUAGUGAGUUUAGCAGCGACCAAACUUCUGUAGCUCUCACAGCUUCAUUGGUUGUGUUUGCCUUGUACACUUUACAGUCUACGUUAUUCUUGUUUUAUUAUUAUUAUUUUUACUUUUUUUAGGUCCGUGUUAAGAGAAGGGCAGAACAACGCUUUCGAGUCGCGGUUUUAGCUUUUAGCUUCCACUGUGACAGACAGACAGAGAGACAGACAGACAGAGAGAGAGAGAGAGACUGAAGCGCUGGCUGUGUUUCACUGUCCGGAAGUUGUGAGUGGGGAAAAAAGGGGAGAAAGGCAUGAUAAAAAGGAGCUGGAAGUGGUACUUUCUCGGAACACGUUGAUUUUUUUAGGCCAUUCUUUGCCCUAAACCGGAGAGGGAGAACGUAAGAGGAGUCGACGUCUGUACUGUUUCUGUCCACCGUGUGUGUUUUCUGUAUGUGCGAGCGUGUAUUAAUUCAUCGAUGGGUCUGCCGACGCUGGAGUUCAGCGAUUCUUUCCUGGACAGUCCUGAGUUCAGAGAGAGGCUGCAGUGUCAUGAGAUAGAGCUGGACCGAACCAACAGAUUCAUCAAAGACCUGAUCAAAGAUGGGAAUAUGCUCAUAUCUGCUCUCAGGAGUCUGUCUCUGCGCUUCUCUCAGUCUCUGCAGGAGUUCCAGUUUGAAUGUAUCGGCGAUGCAGAGACUGAUGAUGAGAUCAACAUAGCUCAGUCAUUAAAGGAGUUCUCUCAGCUGCUGAGCACCAUGGAGGAGGAGAGGAAACGCCUGAUCCAGAACGCUGAUGAUGUGCUGAUUUCUCCCCUGGAGAGGUUUCGUAAAGAGCAGAUUGGUGCUGUUAAGGAGGGAAAGAAACAGUUUGAUAAGGAGACAGAGCGAUACUACUCAGUUCUGGAGAAACACCUCAGCGUUUCCUCCAAAAAGAAGGAGUCUCAACUGCAUGAGGCUGAUUCACAGAUGAGUAAGGACAGGCAGGUGUUUUACGAUGCGUCGCUGCAGUACGUGUUCAAGAUCCAGGAGGUGCAGGAGAGGAAAAAAUUUGAGUUUGUGGAGCCGCUGUUAGCCUUCCUGCAGGGUCUGUUUACGUUCUACCAUGAGGGCUAUGAGCUGGCCAGUGAGUUUGAGCCCUAUAAGCAGCAGCUCCAGUUUAACCUGCAGAAUGCUCGCAAUAACUUUGAGAGCACUCGUGCAGAGGUUGAGAGGCUGAUGAAGAGGAUCAGAUCUGCAGAAGAAGACUUCAAAGCCCCCAGCUGCUUCACCAUGGAGGGGUAUCUGUACAUACAGGAGAAACGUCCUCUGGGGAGUGUGUGGACCAGACACUACUGUACGUAUGAAAAAAGCUCCAAGAUGUUCACCAUGAGCAACACGGAGGUCAGACAGGCCAGCAGACAGAAUGGCCUGGUGAACGGGGGACCAGAGAUGUUCAGGCUGCGCUCCUGCGUCAGAAGAAAGACUGAUUCCAUAGACAAACGCUUCUGCUUCGACAUUGAGGUGGUGGAGAGACAUGGCGUCAUCACUCUGCAGGCGCUGUCUGAGGCCAACAGGAGGCUGUGGAUGGAGGCGAUGGAUGGAAAAGAACCGAUUUAUACCCUUCCAUCUUUACUUAGCAAAAAGGAAGAGACUUUUCUCAAUGACCCUGGUUUUAACUUUGUGAGGAAGUGCAUCGAGCUGGUGGAAAGCAGAGGUAUCACCACCCUGGGACUGUACAGGACUGGAGGAGUCAACUCCAAAGUGCAGCGACUGAUGACGAGUGUGUUUGCAUCCACAGCUCCAUCUGACCUGCAGCUGGAUGCCGACGCCUGGGACAGCAAGACCAUCACCAGUGGCUUAAAGAAUUAUUUCAGGUGUCUGGCAGAACCAGUUCUCACCUACAGACUCCAUAAAGAAUUCAUCAAGGCAGCGAAGCACGAUGACCACAAACACAGAGUGAGGGCAAUUCAUGCUCUGGUGCACAAACUGCCAGAGAAAAACAGAGCUAUGCUGGACGUGUUAACCAACCACCUACUCAAGGUGUCCUCUCACAGUGACCAAAACCUUAUGACUGUGUCCAACCUGGGAAUGAUCUUUGGACCUACACUCAUGAGGUCCCAGGAAGAAACCGUUGCUGCCAUGAUGAACAUCAAGUUCCAGAACAUUGUGGUGGAGAUAAUCAUUGAAAACCAUGACAAGAUCUUCAACGAGGCACCAGACAUGUCAGUGACUUUACUUCAGACUCCUUCGUCUCGUUCAGCUCCUCGCAGGAACAAGGCCAUAUGUUUGUCAUCUGGAAAGAGAAGAGCUCGUCUCUACCCUCCUGCUCUCUGCCUGGCUGACAAUGACAGUGACACGUUCAGCAGCAGCAGCUCCAGCACAACUCCAAUGGGCAGCCAGGGGUCUCUGUCAUCACACUCCUCUGAAAAAAACGGCUUGUCUCCCAGCUCCCCUCCAUCGUCUCCGGCUGCUGACCUCAGCUCGUCUUCCACAGCACCUGCAGCUCCCUCCUGCUCCCCGUCUCCCCGCUCCUCUUGUGAGAAGAAUCAGAAGCAGCCAACGGAAAAAACGCAUUCCCCUCAUUCCUCUUCACAGACUUCCUCCACCUCCCAGCUCCCACCAGCCCAGCAGACGUCCUCUGUGUCCUCCUCUUUGUCCUCUUUAAUCUCUGCAGAGAGGACUGUGUCUGUCAAAGGAAGCUCCACUGUCUCUUUGUCGUCCGUCCAAGAGUCAAGAUCUCCCUCCACAUCCCCCGACUCCUCCCAGCGCACUUUGGUGCAACACGCCUCCUCUCUCAGGAACAGUCAGCCUCCUCAAAGAUCUUCAUCUGUCUCCUCUCUGAAGAGCAUUCACUGGGUGAAUGACAGAAAUGCAUCCAACAACUCAACACUCACAGAAACCAGAGUGACAAAUUCUACCUCACCCUCUUUGCAGCACAAUGCUGCUUUUAGGACAGCCUCCUCUUCCUCUUCCUCCUCUUCUUCCUUGUUUCCCUACCAGAUUUCCACAUGCUCCUCCCUCACUUCCCUCCACAUUUCUGAAGAUUAUAAAAGUUGUCAUGGAUCAGUGCAGAGCCUGGUGUCACUGGACGAUCAUGACGCAACUCUCACCCGCAAGACUUCACACAUGAGCUGUGGCUCUGAUGUAACCGUAAAAAACUCUGCAGCUCCAUCCAGGAACAGUUACCAGAGGCCUGGAUCAGUGUUGUCAGUGAGACUACCACAUCGUGAGAGCUCAGUAUUCUCCUCUGCUUUGGACAUAUGUUCAGUCGGAAGGGAAGCAAAGGCUCUUUACUCCUGUGAGGCAGAACACAGCCAUGAACUGAGUUUUCCACAGGGGGCGCUGCUCUUAAAUGUGUAUCCAUCUGUGGAGCCGGGCUGGCUUCAGGCAACCUACAACGGUAAAACAGGUCUUGUACCUGAGAACUACAUCACCUACGUCUGACAGUUGUGAUGAUGUCUACUCCACAUCUACAGUACACACAGUAACAAUGUGCUGCUGAUCAUACUGUAGAUAUUUACCAUGUAACUGUGAUUGAAAAGUUUGGACUUCAGGUCUCAGUGGGCUGAAUCUGACUGAUGUGUUCUGUGCAUAUCUGACUACUCUACUCUACUGAAACAUGUACUGUGUUAGUUAGCAGCUCGUAGUAGGAUUGAAGGUAAGCAGUUUUUUAUUUUUGUUUUUAACUUGUGAUCAGUAUUUCUGACAGUUCAUAAUUUAUAUUUUAUUAAUUUCAUAAAAUUAAUAAUAUUAAUAAUAACGUUUAAAAAAUAUUUUCUUGUUUCCUAUGUUGAAGCAGUAGGAACUUAUGCUUGCCAUAGUGAAAUUGUCCUACAUUUGAUGUCAGGUUUCAUGCUGUCUUAAUAAAAGGCAACUAUUUUACUUUU